AUGUCUGGAAUGGCAAGAGAAUAUAUAUCGUAUGCAAGGCAGCUAUCUGCAAAUGGGUGCUUUACCAAAUCUGUUGAUUUAUAUUUCAUGGCUUUUGAAAGAAGCCCACAGCUGAAAAUAUCUUAUGAACCAGAGUUUCGAGCUGUUAUGACGAAAAUGAAUGAAGCUCUGGCGGCGGCAAAUAAAAUUGAGGAUAUAUUUUCCAAUUUCAGUAGGGCUAUCAAUAUUUUUCCCGGCAACAUUUAUUUAUUAAAUGAAAUUGGGAAGUAUCUAUAUAAGUUUGGAUUCUACGAAGAAGCAUGGAGUCAAUUUCAAAAAGCUUUAGUUAUUGAUGCCGGAUAUGUGACUGCUGAGAAAAACUUAAAUUCACUAAAAAAUUUAAUGGUAGAAAGGUGGCAUUUUAGAAUGUUAAAUGAUAAAAUUCGAAAUGAUAGUUACCGCGCCGCUAUUAAUGAGAAGGUAAUACCUAAGAAAACAAAUGUUUUAGACCUUGGCACUGGCACUGGAUUACUUGCCAUGUAUGCUACUGAGCGCAACCCAAUGGGCAUUACAGCUUGUGAUAGUUCAGAAGUUAUGGCGGCACUUGCUGACUGUAUAUUGGAAGAAAAUAGACUGCUCAUGUCUGUAGUUGUUAUAAAUAAAAUGUCUACUUCUAUGAAUUAUACAGAAAUAGGUGGGAAGCGCUCACUAUUGAUUACAGAAUUGUUUGAUGCAGGAUUAUUUGGUGAACAUGUCCUUCAGUCACUAUCUCAUGCUUGGGAAAAUUUGCUCACUCCUGAUGCUGAAAUAUUACCUAGAAAGGCAGAAUUUUUUAUCAUGGGUGCAAAUUCUGAACUCCUCAGUGCUAAGUAUCAAUUAUGCUCUAAAGCAAAAUCCCUUUUAGAAAUACCAUAUUUAAGUAUUCACAUUUUAACUUGUGAUGAAACUUAUGACUGUGAAGAUGUGCAUCUCUAUAAAGAUAUCAAAUACAUUACUGCUCCUGAAUCCGUAGUUAAAGUUGAUUUUAACAAUGUACAUGAUAUACUUGAUAAACUUCAUAACUCUGAACCAUAUGUGGUAGAUUUGAAGGUUGCAGAAAAAGGAGAAAUUAAUACUUUUAUUGGUUGGUUUAAUUUAUAUUUGACAGAAAAUAUUACUAUAACUACAGAUCCUAGGGACAAAAAUAGGGCAAAUGCAUGGCAACAAGCAGUUUUCUUUGAUAACUUACCUAAAAAUGUCCAAGAGAAUGAUACAUUGAAUGCUAAUUUCUUUAUUCAAUCUGAAAAAUUGUCUAUGAAGCCUAAUUUUAACUGUGACAUGAGAAUCUCUCCAGAAACAUUAAGAUUUUUAAAUGAUACCACUUAUAUGGAAUUAAUUAAAAAAUGCAUUGGAAUGGCUUGUGUUUAUCUCGGACAAAUAGCUGAGAUAGAUGAUAUAAACUUAGUAGAUCUCUGUCCUUUCCCUAUUUUUGGAUUGUUAAUGCUUAAAAGAGGAGUACGGUCUUUAAUUUGCUAUGCUAAAACUGAGCUCGAUAGAUUAUUCAUUGAAGAGAUUAUAAGAGUGAAUAACAUUUCUGUAGACAAAGUCACAUAUUUGAUUGGCGAUGAUUGGACACGAGACAGCUUCAAAGAUAAGUAUCAUGCUAUUUUCUGUCACAUUUUUGAUUUGAGUGGAGAUUUAGAUAUACGUGCAAAAGAUAUAGCUCAACAUUUAAAAAAUGCACAUCUAAUACAAGGUGGAUUGUUUAUGCCCGCAAAUGUUACAUUGAUGGGUGAAGUGGUUAGCAGCAAUUGGUUAGAUGUUACUAAUAGGGUACACGAUUCUAAUGUUGGGUACAAAAUGUCUAUGCACAUCAACAAAUAUCAAGUAUCCCAAAACUUUGGUGUUGAUUAUACGCAUUUAGAAUAUUUACCGCUAACAGAUCCUGUUAAUUUGGGAAAUUGCUGUCAGUUGGCACCAGAUGUCAUUAAUGUGCCAAUAAAGAAUGAUGGUGAUGCCAAUGGUAUAAUUUGCUGGUAUAAUAUUGAAUUAAUGGAAAAUCUUUCUGAAAUUUCAACUAAGAGGCCACAAAGCUUUAUUGAUGGAAUUGCAUUUUUGGCAAAUCCAAUUCUACCUAUGGCUAGAGGCAAUGUUGCAAAUAUACUCCGUUGUGUUGAUUCUGAUGGUUCUUUCAAGUUAAUAGUGGAUAUAGAAAAUAUG